UACUCAACAGAACCAGGACAACCGUUCAGGAUGAGAGCUAUCGUCGCAGUCGGGCUUUUAGCGCUAGCAGUCGCCGUCAGCGCCAGGAACACGCGGCUCAGAAGAGAUGCCGACUUAGAAGCUGCGGCCUCGCACAAAUGGGAAAAGGGUGAAGGCGGUGCUCACCACGGAGAUCACCACCACGAGCACGGCGGACAUGGAGAGAAAGGAUACAAGGGAUACCACGACCACGAGCACGGCAAAAAAGGACACUCCCUCCACGAAGGCCAUAAAGGACACUACGAUGAGGACGGCGGACACAAAAAACAUCAUCACCACGACGAUGGCUACUACGAUGAACACCAUGAGGGCGAGAAAGGCGAAAAGGGCUACGGAUUCGAAGAAAAGGGACACUUCCACAAGGGUCAUUCUACGAAAGGACACCACGGUAUCCACAAGUUAGACGAAUUCAAGAAGGACAAACAUUUCCACGACAAGCAUGGUGAGUCUGGCUUCGAAGAAGGAUACGGUGGACACCACCAUGAAGGAGGUUUCAAGGAAGGUGGACACUUCGACAAGGGACACAAGGAUGGCGGAUUCCACGAACAAGAGCACGGCAACAAAGGCUUCUUUGAGAAGGGAGGUCAUCACCACGACCACAAGGGUCACCACGACGAAGGCGCUGGCCAUGAGUACUGGGGACACCACGCCGACCACGGCAGCAAGGGAGGCCAUGAAGACCACAAGGGCUGGGGCUUUAAGAAAGGCCAUAAAUAAGUUAACGCAGUGAAUUUACGAGAUGAGGCUUUUUUGUUAUUGUUGAUACUUUGUGAUACACGAAUAAAUAUUUAUUUUGAA